AUGGACGUAACGGCGGCCGACGGCGACGCAGACACAGGCACGGCGGCGGGGAUGCUCGUGCGGCUCGGCCCGUCGAGCUCGUUCGUUGGCGCCGCCGGGGAGCUGGCGGGGCAGCUAACGCUCAACGAGAAGCAGGCCAUCGCCCUCCUAAUCGUGUGCCGGCAGCUCGACCGAAUCCGGCGUGGCGAUGACACAGGCGGCGAUGGCGGCGGCCAACUCUGCCUGUUCAUCGGCGGCGAGGGCGGUGCCGGCAAGUCGCGCAUCAUCGAGGCGCUCGCGGAGCUGCUCGCCCGGAGGGACCUAUCGAGCCGGGUACUGGUUACGGCGACGUCGGGGACGGCGGCAGCGCGGAUCAACGGCAUCACGCUGCACUCGGCCUGCGGCCUUACGGUCGGCCAGGGCGGCCGGGCGGGAGGGGCGACGAGGGACAUUGACGGCGUACGGCUGCCGGGCCAGGGCGAGCGCUUCGUCGACGGCCGGUCGCGGAUGGACUGGCAGGAGAAGGAGGUGCUGGUGAUCGACGAGGUCAGCAUGCUCGGGGCGCGGACGCUGCACGCCGCCAACGAGCAGCUCUGCCGGCUGCGGGGGGUCGGCGCGGGACUUCGGCGGCAUCCCGGUAGUGAUCCUCUGCGGCGACUUCCACCAGUUCCGGCCGGUGCAGGAACGGUCGAUCCUGCUGCCGAGCGCGGCGGUGGCGUGGGACGAGGACGGGGCGUUCGCGGCCGAGCAGCGGCGGCAGCACGACAAGGCGCACGCGCUGUGGCGGCGCUUCACGACGGUCGUCAUGCUGACGAGCAGAUGCGGGCCGCCGGCGACCCGGAGCUGCGGCGGCUGCUCGGGCGGAUCCGCCGGGGCGAGCAGGACCGGUCGGACCUAGAGCUGCUCAACUCGAGAUGCUACCGGCCGGGCAGGCGGAUCCCGUGGGAGACGGGCCUGACGGUGGUGACGCCGCUCAACCGGAACCGCUGGAACCUCAACCUAGAGGCGGCGCUCGCGUUCCGGGAGAGGCGGCGGACGGCGGCGCGCGUCUUCCUCUCCGAGCAUAAGUGGAGGGACGGCGUGCCGACGGAAGAGGAGGCGGUGCUAAUGCUAGGCCAGGGCGACGACAGCGCGACGCCGGUGCCGGCCGUCUUCCUCUUCGUGCCAGGCAUGCCGGUCGUCGUGAACCAGAACACGCACCAGGGGCUAAAGCUUGUGAACGGGGCCGGGUACACGGCGGUGGACGUCAUCCCCGACCGCGCCUUCCCCGGCCACCGCGUCUCGGCGGAGCUCAUCAUGCACUUCGGGCCGCCGGCGGGCAUCGUGCUGGCCUCGGAGACGACCAAGGACUUCCACUUCGUCGGGAUGCCUGCCGGGACGAUCCUGCUAACGCCCAUCAGCGUCAAGAUCACAGCGCAGCGGAAGCGGCCAUGGCAGCGCAACGACGUCAGCCGGAGGGGCCUGCCGUGCGCCGCGGCCUUCGCCUGCACCGACUAUAAGGUGCAGGGCGGGACGCUAGAGCGCGUGGCGCUGGAGCUGCGGGGGGCGAGGAUGACGACGGUCGAGGGAGGGCGAGGUGCGGAGCGGGACCUAGUGGGGAACCGGGUGCCUGAGGAGAUGACGGCAGCGCAGGCCCGGCUAGAGGAGCUUAGCAGGCAGACAACACAGGAGGCGGCCGACUGGCUCCGCAGGUAA